GAACGAUGUAAUCAUAACAUAGCAAACCAAACAAAAAACAAAUGAAGACUGAAGAAGGUAAAUAAAAGUUGUCGCUGGAGGGGAACAAGAGUAAGAUUAAUCGUGGGAGUAACGAAAGUGUAUUUCCUCCUUAUCUUAAUGUGUUAUUUGUAAAAACUGUCACGCAACAGUAUUUUGUCUUCAGCGAACAGUCCACACCACACUCGCCGACUCUGAAGAAUUUUAUGUAGCAGAAAAACAGAAGUAGCGUCCAGCAAGACACUCAAAUUUGCUUAGGAGAGGAGAAAAUCUAUGAGGCUGGACCGGAAAUCGAAACCGGGACCCCAGCAUUACUAGUCAGGUGCUCUAACCACUGAGCUACCCAGGCCGAUAUCCACGAUACAAGCUGAACCAUGUCCAGACAAUAUAAUAUUCCAGAUGUCAUGUGUUGGCAGCACUGUGAGAAACUCACCAACAUCCUGUGUUUCUCGGUCCCCCCAGUUUGUCCUCUCUGUCGCCAGAACACCUCCACGUCCCCCAGCCGCAUCCCUCCUUACAAGGUCCUCUCCCCCCUCAGCAGAGCUGGAGAAUCACCAGUGUCACUGGUUGUUAAACCAACUGUUGGAACUUUUCUUAGGGAUUAUGACAACUCCACCAAUCUUCACAUAGGAGUGACAGACACAAAAGGAACUGUGUAUGAUUAUGAUGAGGAUGGAGUACAUGUUGGUGUAUCUGGCUGGGAGCAGUGUCUGGUGAUAUCCCUAUCAAACCGAGGUCUCGCCCCUCAUAUCAUUCAGGUCUGGGAUGCCACCCUCCAACACAUUGCCAAUUCUAAGAUGUGGACUAAGUCCAAUUAUAUUGAGGACCGCCACAACUGCUUUGAUUUUGUUAUUGCCUUUCUCAGACAAGUAGGAUUCAGCCGAGAGAAUUUGUCUGCUGGGAGUAGAAGUGCAAUGACCCAUGACAUCAUACUUCCUCAGAUGUCAAAGGUCACACAAUACAUAACAAUUUACAGAAAUGUGGAAAGGAAUUCAUAUAUAUGUCAAGAUGUUCAAACUAAAAAUCUCACCAGAUAGACAAUGUUCCAUAAUCAAUGUGGUGUAAAAAGCACUCAUGCCAUGAGUUGACUUAAAUGAUUCAUGUAAAUUUUAUUUAAGAAAUACAUUUUCUUUCUAAAAAUACAUGAGGGCAUGAAGUACAACACUUGACAUUUGCAUUCUUCAUGAAACAUGUUAGCGCUUCAUGAAAGUAUGCAGGUGUGAGGCGUUGCAUUUUACACCCUCAUAUAUUUUCAGAAAUGUUUAUUGCUUACAGUUACAUUCUACUUUCAUUUCUGUCGGAAUUCUCAGUCAUAAAAAUAGACAUACUACAUUUAUCAGUAUUUAUACAUGCAUUGUUUACAACUACAUUACAAUAAUUAGGAAAUGGCUAUCAUUACAAUUUAUAGAGAUAUCAAAGCCACACAUUUUGGAAAUGUAAAUAUUAUGUAUGUGGAUUAAUGUUAAGUCACUGGAAUUUCAUUGAUUCACUGUGCAUAGGACAAAUAUAUUGUAUAUGUACUUAAAUUAUUCUAAUGAGAUUCAUAUUUUAGCACCUUUAUCAGUAAAGGUAAAGCACUAAUUUAUGGUUGAGAUAAGAAAUGAAAAAUUUUAUUUAAUAAAUAUAUAUAAUAGUAUUAAAGAAACACUAAAUCAUGAUUACAUCUAAAAGUGCUUCAGCUCCAACCGUGCCAAAAUUUUAAACAAGCACACUUACAGUAAAUUUAUAGCAAUACACACUGUAACUGAUGGUAAAUAAAUUGAAAAAUAAAAGAACAAAUGGAAUAACAUAUUUGUAAUUGAAUAUAUAUAAUCACAUUGAAUCAGUGGAUCUGAAACAAUAAAUCCAUCAAAUCAGCAGAAAAUGUCAAUUCAUGAAUUAUUGUUUUCCUGACAGUAAUCCCUGUUCCUAAUCUCCAUUGAGCAUUGACCUCGGAGGUCACCAUUUCAGAAAAAUGGGGAAGAGAGGCAUGGGCAAUUGUCAAGAUUUGUAAACAAUAUAUUUUGUCAAUUUGAUAGAAAAUUCACUAUUAAAAUUUCAUUUCAGUGGCACAUUUGCAUAAUUAUUACUUUCUUACACUGAUGAUCAUGACAAUGUAAUUUUUUUUUAAAAAAAACAAACGGAGUGUGUAGUUUCCAUCUCAGCAACCUGAUUAUGUUUGGCAAUCAUAGGUAUACGAUGAUUGCGUCUGAGGCUAUGAUGUUUUAUACGAAACGGUCAUUGUAGGUAUGCUAUAAAGCAAUAUUUCCUGGUUUAUUUUGUUGACUUUUGGACUACAUGUAUUUAGUUAUACUGACAGGCAUUAAUUGGUACAUACUUAGAUAGUUGAAAAAUACUGUCAAUUGCCUUUUAAAAUCAUUCUUGUCUCAAUGGACAAAGAUCUAAGCUUGUUCCCUUUGCUCCUAUUUACUGCUGUUCUGCACUCCCUUUUUCUAGUCAUAUAAAUGUACUUAUAUGUAUAUGUUGAACUAUGGAUGUUUUGUUCUUGACAUCAAAUAUUAGUGCAACAGUUAACUGGACACUACAGAGUCCAGACUUUUUUAUCAAUAAAGUCAAGGGUGAAUGUGCAAAA